GGCGCUCGUCCCCGCCGGCCCCAGGCCUUUUCUCGGAAUGACCUGUGUCCACACCGACCGCCCUGAAGCCUUGGGGCCGCAAGGUCAGGGCGACAGGAGUGCGCGGUGGUCAGCGGCUCUUCGUUCUUCCGCCUCAGAGCAGUGUCCAGCCCAGGCAUCCCGAUGGUCUCUGGGCUCAGGAGCGGGAGGAGGGCUGCCUGGGCAGAAUGUCACAAUGGACGAGGGGGGCGUGCCCCUGCUCCCUGACAGCCUCAUCUACCAGAUCUUCCUGAGCUUGGGCCCAGCUGACGUACUGGCCGCUGGUCUGGUGUGUCGCCAGUGGCAGGCCGUGUCCCGGGACGAGUUCCUGUGGAGGGAGCAGUUCUACCGCUACUACCAGGUGGCCCGAGACGUGCCCCGGCACCCAGCGGCCACAUCCUGGUAUGAAGAGUUUCGGCGGCUCUAUGACACGGUGCCCUGUGUGGAAGUGCAGACGCUCAGGGAGCACGCCGAUCAGGUGCUGCAUCUCAGCUUCUCCCACUCGGGUUACCAGUUUGCUUCCUGCUCCAAGGACUGCACCAUCAAGAUCUGGAACAACGACCUGACCAUCUCGCUGCUGCACAGUGCGGACAUGCGGCCCUAUAACUGGAGCUACACCCAGUUCUCCCAGUUCAACCAGGACGACUCGUUGCUACUGGCAUCUGGGGUGUUCCUAGGGCCCCACAACUCCUCGUCGGGUGAGAUCGCAGUCAUUAGCCUAGACAACUUCGCCCUGCUGUCCCGAGUACGCAACAAGCCCUAUGAUGUGUUUGGCUGCUGGCUCACGGAGACUAGCCUCAUCUCGGGAAACUUGCACCGCAUCGGAGACAUCACCUCCUGCUCAGUGCUCUGGCUGAACAACGCCUUCCAGGACGUGGAGUCAGAGAAUGUCAACGUGGUGAAGCGGCUCUUCAAGAUUCAGAACCUCAACGCCAGCACCAUCCGCACGGUGAUGGUGGCUGACUGCAGCCGCUUUGACAGCCCAGACCUCCUGCUGGAUGCUGGUGCACCCCCAGGCCGUGUCUUUGACCUGGGCAGUGACAGUGAGGAUGAGGAGGGAGGCUCGGAACCCGUGCCAGCUCCAGCCCGCGCCAAGGAGGGCUUGCGGCGCUUCUUGGAUGGGCUCCUGGAUGCGCGGGCGCAGCCCCAGCUGUCAGAGCACGCGCUGGAGACCAAGGUGGCUGAGCUGCUGGCCCAGGGCCGCACCAAGCCUCCAGAGCACAGCAUGGCUGAUGCCAGCAAGCUCCUCAUCUUCACUACGGGAUGCCUGACCUACUCACCACACCAGAUCGGCAUCAAGCAGAUCCUGCCACACCAGAUGACCACAGCUGGGCCUGUGCUGGGUGAGGGGCGGGGCUCAGAUGCCUUCUUUGAUGCCCUGGACCACGUCAUCGAUGUGCAUGGACAUAUCAUCGGCAUGGGCUUGUCUCCAGACAACAGGUACCUGUACGUCAACAGCCGUGCCUGGCCCAGUGGCUCUGUGGUGGCCGACCCCAUGCAGCCACCGCCUAUCGCAGAGGAGAUCGACCUGCUGGUGUUUGACCUCAAGACCAUGCGGGAGGUGAAGCGGGCUCUUCGAGCCCACCGUGCCUACACGCCCAAUGACGAGUGCUUCUUCAUCUUCUUGGAUGUCAGCAGGGACUUCGUGGCCAGUGGAGCCGAAGACCGGCACGGCUACAUCUGGGAUCGGCACUACAACAUCUGCUUGGCUAAGCUGCGGCACCAGGACGUGGUCAACUCGGUGGUCUUCAGCCCCCAAGAGCAGGAGCUCCUGCUGACGGCUAGUGAUGAUGCCACCAUCAAAGCCUGGCGUUCACCACGCAUUGUGCGCAUUCACCAGGCCCCGCGUCCGCGUCCCCAUCACUUUUUCUCCUGGUUUGCCAGCCAGAGGCGUUGAGGGGGGGCCACUGGCCAAAAGGAGUGUCCUGGGCAUCCUUGGGCUGCCGGGACCCGCGGAAGAUGCCACAGAGGUCUGCAGCCCUUUCCCAAGGGCCCAGCCACUGCCCAGACUGCGUGCUGGGUGGAGAAACUCGUUGACAGUCAUGCCUUAGCAGGGGGACUACGGGGCUGCCGGUAGGGCACAGUCUGCCCCCCACCACGCUCACCCCCCCCACAGCCCCCGCAGCUGUGACAUUCAGCACUGGCGCAGCCCCCUGGCUGGCUUGGAUGCAACAGACACUGGGGCCCCACUCUUCACGCACCCUCUUCCCCUGGGGCCUGCGCCCCGGUCAGCACCACACGUACCCUCCAGUUGGCCCCAGGUGGCCUCUCCUCUGGGAACUUGUUUGCACACCAGCAGGGCCGGCAGCACAAGUCAGUCUGCCACGGGCCCAGGCAAACUGCAUGUCACUGGUCACCUGUUUGGGGCCUGAAUAAACAGUUGGCAAUAGCA